CAAAAAUUCGUGUUUUUGUUUACAAUUUUUCAGUUUUGAUAACAAAGUUUUUUCACGAAUUUAAGAGACCAAACUAGUUAAAUUCGAGAAGAAGUUCAUUUGCAGUCAGAUCAGACGAUUAUGCUCCUAUCAACAAAAGAGCAGUAAAAGAGAUGAACCAAUAGACAGUGGCAAAUUGUUCAUAAAUUAAGAGAAAACUUUUAAACUUUGAAGUUUAAACUUGAAAAUGUUUUAAUCAAAAAAAUUUAAAUAAUAAUUUUUAAAUAGCUCAAUCUGAAUUUUAAGCAAUCUUAAACAUAUCAAAGAAAAUAUUUUGUGCAUACAUAACAAGUGCAUACAGCGAAAAAUCUUAAUUCAAGUGAAUCUAGUCAAGCAACUUCACAUUAUCAUCAUCCUUUAUUUAAUAGCUAUAAAACUAGUUCAAAUCUGAAUAAAAAUCGCCAAUAAUCCAAUACUCAACACUUCCAACAGUCAACUUAAGACCCAAACAUACCAAAAAUGGCACUAAACAGCAAACGAAUGCAAACCUUUUUCAACGAAUUUUUAAUCUCAACGUCGACAUUUUUAAAUAAAUUUAUGACUAACUGUGAAACUAAAUUCUUUGAAUUUGAGAGAAAGUUGAACAGAAUUGAAAGCAAUUUGGUAAUUAUUGAGGCUAAGCUCGCAUCAGUUCCUUUAGAAUCGGAAAUUCAAGUUCCAGCUCAUGCACCUCCUCAACCACAAGUAACUCAUCCAGAACCACCAACCCAAACAUCAUCAACAACAGACCAAACUACACCACAGACUGACUCUCUACAACAACUUCAACCAACUGAAGUUCAAAGCAAUCCUCCAGAGCCUCAACAGCCUGCAAACUGCAAUAUGAUUAAAAUAUCUGAAUCAUUUGUGUAUAAAAAGUAUUUUAAGAUGGUGAAGUUUGGUGUUCCUGAAGCUGGUGUAAGGAAUAAAAUGUUCUCGGAAGGACUUGAUGGAAAUUUGAUUGCUGAUCCAAAUUUUAUGGUUGAAAAGGUUCCUGAAGAUGAUGAAGUUGUGGAAGAAUGAUGAAUAAAAUUUUGAG